AUGCAACAAGACAGUUCGAAUAGAGGGCGCUACUCUGACCCUUCAGCAUCUAUAUUGACGCCUUUGAGAGGAGAUUUCCGGGAUAUAUCACCAGGAUUCGAGUCGCGAGCGCGUUCGCUAUCUCCGCGCAAGCGUCUUGUCAAACAACCGCUUCAUAUUCGCAUGAACUUGACUGAGAGCCAAGUUGACAAGAUUACAGACGCUUUCAGUCAUCAAGUCGAUAAGAGCCCAACGAAGGCUGCUAAGUUCAAGAAAAAGCCUACGAUGACCACUCCAAGAACGACUCCAAGGUCAACACCACGAAAGAGCAAACCAAGACUUCUACAGCAUGAGAAUUCAUACGGUUGGACUACUAGAGAUGAUGGUCCCUCUGAUGUGAAUUCUCCAACCUUUUCGGAGCUUAUGCCCGGUCGCCAUUCGGGCUCUUCCAAGGACUUGUUCUCUGCCAGUUUAGCAGAACGUCGACAUAUCAACCCGCCUUCUCCGUUGCAGCUUGGGACUCUUCGUCGUAGUGGGACAGUGCCUCGACCAGCCGAGAUGGAAGAGAUUCCCGAUGCAGUCUCUCCUUUAGGGCAGGGAAGCUUUGAGCGUGAGCCGGUCUUUGACGAUGAUGCCUCUUCGGUCUACUCCCCUCAACAAACUGCCCGCCCAUCACCUCUUCGCCUCAGCCACGUCAGGUCACAAUCCAAAUUCAAUGGUGCUGGAGAGGGUUCAUUCCAAGAGUGGAAGAGGAGCCAUGAUUCCUCCAUGAUCAGGGAGUCGGUAAGCCAUCCAGAGGAUCUGGUCAAUAGGCCUCGACGCUCGAAAAGCUCUGCCGAUGGAUUGAGACAGGCCCGAGCCAUCGCAGUACACUCUCCACCGAUCCCACAAGUCGUAACAGUGGGCUUUAAUAACAGCAACUAUCAUCGGACUGUUCAAGACACUCCCGUAUUCUCACCACUGCAGUUCUAUUUCAGGGGAACAGACUACCCAAGCUCCAAGAAGGGCGAAAAAACAAUGAUUGGGGAUAACGGGUGGCUCGAACGCCCUAACGGCGGCUCUGAUCAAAGCUCAAAGACGCUCCAGAAGAAGACCGGAAUUUUGGACAACAUCAAGAAACUCGCAAAAGACAUGACGGAGCUUCAUCAUACCUCUCGUCGGGCCCAGCCCGCAAUCCGGUCUCGCCCGACAUCACAGGUCGCCAUCUCACUAAAUGCCAGAGAGCAAAGCCUCCUCUACUGCGAACUGGAGUUCAACCUUAGCACUGCAUUGAAUGACUAUAUUACGGUGCAACUGGACAAGGGUCGGCUUGUGCCUGACAAGCUCAAAAAGGUAGCAGAUACGUGGCAUAACAAGGGCCGACCCAAGGUUGUUGGUUUUCGCUACGACCUGGAGACGCAGCUUGAACUUAUCAGCCUCCACGUCGACGAUUUUCGCUUCUAUGGCCGCCGACAAGCCGAUCCUGUUGAGAUUGGCGGGCUCCUGCGCGCCAUGAAGGUCAAUGCCAGAGCAAUGUGCGUCCGGACACUUUGCCAGCCAGAUUCUGUGAUUGCGAAGCAGUUGGUUGACACCCAGUCAACCUUUAAAAUGCUUGAUGUCCCAGACUAUCAGCAGCGCGCGCUUGCUGACAUAGCUCAGUUCUUCAAGGUCAUCGUGGAGCGAGAGCAGGAUGUUCGAGAACACACUGGAGGCAAUGGCAGGGACUCCAACAACCGGGGCGAGCGACGGUGGACAACGGUUCAGGGAGGGAUAUGA